GUGCCUGGGCAUCUUUCCAGUUCGCCAUAGAAUGGCUACCAAUGAGCACGUCUCUUUAUACUUGGAAUUGGCUGAAUAUAAUAUUAUUUUUCUAGAAGUUUAAUGUAAAUGUACCUUGAAACAAGAUGGUGAAAUAUCAAGUGAAAUAAUGGAAAAUGAGCGAUAAUCAGGUGCCGUUGAACUCUAUUCGAUUUCCCUGGAUAUUUCUAUUAGGAAUAUUAACGUUUUUAAAAUAAUAAUUAGUCUAUUUUUUCUUAUUACAUGAAAAAUCGGUCAUAUUAAGUUGGCUGUUCUGUCAGUUGUUUGUUUGGGGUCUUUUGCCCGACUCGUGAAAAGGCUACCAUGUAAAUAACAAAGUGUCUCCGGAGUUGAAUGCAAUACGAAUAUCAUCUUUUUAGAACGCCGAAAAAUCAUUUUUAUCUGAAUGUAAUCAUCCAGAUGACUUUUUACUGUGAUCUUUUUAAGUAAUAUUGUAAAACUGUUAAUGUACUACAAAUUUGUGCAAUCAUAUUGUUUCGCGAAUUUUCUGCAUCCUUUCCUGUCUGUACCGUCUGAUUGCUGAUACUUUGCUGACAGGGGCUUUGGAAUCCAAAAAUAUUUCUUAGAAGAAAGAUGACUAACAAUACUCAAAAAGACAUAGAAGGUCGUUUUAAGGCCUGACGCAAAUUUCUUUUGAUUUUUUAAUUACUACAGUUAUUCAUCUUUGACACAUACAAUGAACGGGUUUAGCACUGGUGAAGAAGACUCACGUGGAGCAGCUGAUCAAAUUUGUUGUCUCGUUGAUGAGGGAGAAAGAUGCUCCAGACCAGCAGGCAAUGCUUCCUACAGCAAAAAAAUUCAGAAGACUGUCACUCAGAGGCGUCUCAAACUAAAUUUGGACAAUAUGGCUCGACAUAUUUAUAUUUGUGAUUAUCACAAGCAAGUUAUUCAGUGUGCUAGAUCCAAGCAGCAACAGCAGCAGCGGAGAAGAAAGGACUCUGAAGAAGACUCUGGAGAGACAGAUAAUGAUCUUCCUGAAGUUGACCUCUUCCAGUUGCAGGUUGGCACUUUGAGGCGAUACAAAAGACACUUUAAGGUUUCAACAAGGCCUGGACUUAACAAAGCUCAACUGGCUGAUACUCUCAUGAAACACUUUAAAACUAUCCAAGUAGUGGAGAAGGAAGCUUUGAGCUUUUUCUUUUAUACUGUAAAAACAAAUGCAAAUAAACUGGAUCAGAAGAAUGGACUGAGCAGUGAAGCUACGUAGCCUUCUGUGAGAAUGCAUCAAUUCUCUUAAUUUAACAUAUAUUUACAGCUUUUUACAGUUAUUAUACUAAGCUUAGCCUGUCAUAAGAAAUCAUGUGAACAGAUAUUGUGGUAGUUACAUUAUAUAUAAUGUCUAACAGAACUUAUGGAACUUGAAAAAAAAUCCCUGAUAUGAAAUGCUAUUGCAUUCUCCUACUUUCAUAGAUAUACUAUGAGAGUCUAUGUGUAAUGGGAAUGUGGCAAAAUGAAAUUACAUGUACAUUAUAAUUUAUUUAAGCAAA